AUGGCUGCCUCUGAUGAGCCCACAGAACUGCGCAGUGCAGAGGAGAUCAUCCCUCACACGCCGCAGCAUACAGCAGACGCGGCCAAUGAGUCGAAAGGAACACCUGACACAAAUACUCAGGUGACAGCUUUCGGCAAGUUUGAUGAGGAAGAGGAGGAGGAGGAGAUACCGCCGCAACAGCCCAAGGAGGAGACGCAGGUCGUCAAGGCGAAGCCUCCCACUGCAGGGAUCUGCAAGCUGUUUUCCAUGAUGGGCUGCUGUGAGGCAGUGGUUUUGUUGGUUGGCACCAUCGGCGCCAUUGGCAACGGCGUCGCGCAGCCGCUGAUGUGCAUCAUCUUCGGUGAUCUGAUUGACGGCAUGGGCGCCAACACUGUGCCCAUUCCGGCCACAGCUACCCAGGAGGAAAUCGCUGCAAUGAUGGCUGCGGGCAUGGAAAAUAUGAUGAACGAGAUGGGCCGCCUCUGCAUCACCAUGUGCCUGAUCGGGGUGGGCUGCACUGUGGGGGCGAGCCUGCAGGGCUCCUGCUUCAAGAUCUUCAGCGAGAUGCAGACCAGAAAGUUCAGGGUCCUGUACUUCGACUAUGUGCUUCACCAAGAUGUGAGCUGGUUCGACUGCAAGGAGCUAGGGGCGCUGCCCUCCGAGAUCAACGACGACUUGGAGAAGAUCCAGGACGCGCUAGGUGACAAGUUCGGCAACGGGGUGUCGGCCUUUGCUGGCUUCCUGGCGGGCUUCGCCUGCGCAUUCGGCCUGGGGUGGCUGGUGGCGCUGGUGAUGUGCUCCAUGCUCCCAUUCAUGGUAGUGGGAGCCGCUGUCAUGGGCACGGCCGUCCAGGAGAUCCAGCUGGAGUCCCAGGGCUGGUAUGCCAAGGCCGCCGCAGUGGUGGAGGAGUGCCUCUACGCCAUGCGCACGGUGGUGGCCUUUGGGGGAGAGAACAGGGAGCUGGCGAAGUUCAAGGCGGCGCUGGUGCACACCCGGAAGGGCGGCAUCAAGAACGGCUUCAAGAUCGGAAUAGGCAUGGGAUACACCAUGAUGAUCGUCAUGUUUGGCUCUGCGUUGGCCUUCUGGUUCGGCAUGACCCUGCGCUACCAUGGCGAGCUCAACCCCUCGACCGGCAGGGAAUGGCAGCCGGGGAACAUCAUGGCCAUCUUCUUCUGCAUCUUCACGGGCAGCUUCUUCAUCGGGAACCUGGACCCCAGCAUCAAGGCCUUUCUGGCGGCCAAGGCUGCCGCCGGCCGCUUCUUCCAGGUGAAGGAAAACAAGCCCGCGGUGCAGUGCAUCGCAAACGACACCCGGCAAGACCUGGAGAGCAUCGAGCGGAUGGACCUCCAGGACGUGGUCUUCUACUACCCGGCCCGGCCAGAAGUCAAGAUCUUGAACGGCCUGUCGAUGUCAAUCACCCGCGGUCAGAAAGUAGCCGUGGUUGGCGAGAGCGGCAGCGGCAAGUCUACCGUCAUGGCGUUGCUGGAGCGUUUCUACGAUCCCAACACUGGCACCGUGCUGGUCAACGGCCAGGACAUGAAAAGCUUCAAAGUCAGCGCCCUGCGGCGCUGCAUCGGCUACGUGGGCCAGGAGCCGGUGCUCUUUGCGAGCUCCAUCAAGUACAAUAUUAUGCAGGGCCACCCCAACGCUUCCAAGGAGGACUUUGCACAGGCCUGUGCGGACGCCCAGCUCAGUUUCGUGGACGCGCUCCCGGAGAAGUACAACACCUUUGUGGGCGCUGGGGGUGGCCAGCUCUCCGGGGGUCAGAAGCAGCGCAUCGCCAUCGCCCGGGCCUUGCUGAAGAAGGCCUCCUUCCUCUUCCUGGACGAGGCCACCAGCGCACUGGACAACACCUCGGAGAAGAUGAUUCAGCAGACCAUCGACGACAUCAGCUCGAAGUCCGACCGCGGCCUGGGCAUCGUGAGCAUCGCCCACCGCCUCAGCACCGUGCGCAAUGCGGACCUCAUCUACGUGCUGAACCGCGGCAGCCUGGUGGAGCAGGGGAACCAUGCAUCGCUGAUGGAGAAGAAGGGCGCCUACUACGCGCUCGUGGCCACGCAGGAGAGCUCGCAGAAGGCCGAGGAGGCAGAGGUGGUGACCACGGAGCACUCCAAGGCGCUGCUAGCGCGCCAGGAUUCCGGGCACAGCGACGAGUCCCAGAGCAAACGGAAGCAGAGGGAGCAGAAGGAGGAAGAAGAGAGGGCCAAGGAGAUCGAAAAGAACUACCAGGUGCCCAUGGGCCGGUUGCUGAGCUACAACAAGCCCGAGUGGCCUCUGUUCGUGCCGGCGAUUCUGGGGGCCUUGGUGGACGGCGCUUGCAUGCCGGUGUGCACCAUUGCUCUGGUGGGGUCCAUGAACUCCUUCUACAAGACGGACAAGGAGGAGAUGCGUGCCGACCUGGAGCUCCAGGCGCUCAUUUUUGUGAUCAUCGGCUUGAGCUGCCUCAUUGGCUCCACCAUCUCCCACGGCUGCUUCGCCAUCCUCGGGGAGGCCAUGACUCAGCGACUGCGGGUGGCAAUUCUCACCUCCAUGUUCCGGCAGGAGGUGGGCUUCCACGACAACCCGGACAACAGCCCGGGCAUGCUCUCCAAAGCUUUGGAGCUCUGGGCCUUCCGCGUGGCCACCUUGUGCAAGUCCGUGCAGGCGAAGGCCGCAGCCAUGAGCUCCAUGGUCGUUGGUAUGACCUUGGCCUUUGCCUACUGCUGGCAGAUGGCGCUGAUCAUGUUGGGUUCGAUCCCCAUCAUGAUUGUGGCCAAUGCGAUCCAGAUGUUGGUUUUGCUGGGAGCGACCAAAAACGAGAACGAAGACCUGACCCAUGCGCAGCAGAUUGUUGUGGACUCGGUGAUGAACGCUCGCACGAUUCAGGCGCUGGGGGUCGAGAAGUCCUUGGUGGAGAUGUACAUGGGCUGGGUGGACAAGUCCGCCGUGGGCAUGUGGUCCCGCAACACCUUCGCCGGCAUCGGCUUUGGCGUCUCUACAGGCGAAAGUUGGAAGCCGCGCCGCGUGCAAUGGAUUUUUCUCGGGUGA